GGCUCCACCCCCCGGGUGAGGGAGGGGCCCUGCAGCUCAGCCCGGCCCCCCUUUCUCCUACCCAGCGCGGCUGCCCCCUGCUGCGGGGUGCUCCUCGUGCAGCGCCUGGCACAGCAGGGACCCGCAGGUGCCAACGUCCUAGGGCUGGGAGCCACGCGUGGGGCCAAGGGGGCAGAGCCGGGCCGGCAGCCGGGACUCCUGGGUUCGCUCUGCUGGGAGCCACGCCUGGGGCCAAGCAGGCACCAUGGAGAUCGUCUACGUGUAUGUGAAGAAGCGCAGUGAGUUUGGCCGACAAUGCAACUUCUCCGACCGGCAGGCCGAGACCAACGUGGACAUCCAGCCAGACCCGAGCCUAGCCAAAAACUUCAUAGAGAGGGACCCCAUUGAUGCUGCAAUACAGUGUGCCAGUGAUAUGUCGGAGCAUGAGGUCAACACGGAGAGAUUUGAGAUGGAAAACGAGGGGGUUAACCACUUGGAAGGAGGGUGGCCAAAAGACGUCAACCCGCUGGAGAUGGAGCAGACCAUUCGCUUCCGGAAAAAAGUGGAGAAAGAUGAGAACUAUGUCAACACCAUCAUACAGCUCGGCAGUCUGAUGGAACAUUGCAUCAAACAGAACAAUGCGAUCAAUAUCUACGAGGAGUACUUUGACGAUGAGGAGACAGCAGAUGUAGCAGAUGAGCCUCCAUCUGCAAAAACCAUCAAUGUGUUCAGGGAUCCAAAUUUAAUCAAAAGGACCGCCACGCAUCUCUCCUGGCACCCGGAUGGAAGCAAAAAGCUGGCAGUAGCUUAUUCCAGCCUGGAGUUCCAGCGAAGCUCCAGAGAUAUGAGCUAUGAGUCAUACAUAUGGGAUCUUGAAAAUCCCAACAAACCAGACCUGGUUCUCAGGCCAUCAUCCCCGCUUGUGAGCCUGGAAUACAACCCCAAAGACUCUCACAUCCUGGUUGGAGGAUGCUAUAAUGGACAGAUCGCUUACUGGGACACCAGGAAAGGAGGACAGCCGGUGGAGCUUUCCACCAUAGAAUUCAGCCACAGGGACCCCGUGUAUGGUAUGAUCUGGCUUCAAUCCAAAACCGGCACAGAGUGUUUCUCCGCCUCUACCGAUGGGCAGGUCCUGUGGUGGGAUAUUCGUAAGCUGACCGAACCCACGGAGACACUGGUGAUGGACAUCAGCAGGAAAGGAGUCUUGGAGAACGCUUUAGGAGCCAUCGCGCUGGAGUUUGAACCAACCAUGCCGACCAAGUUCAUGGUGGGGACGGAACAAGGCGUGGUGAUCACCUGUAACCGCAAGGCCAAGACACCCGCUGAAAAGAUAGUUGGCACAUACAGUGGGCACCAUGGCCCCAUCUAUGCCCUGGCAAGGAACCCUUUCUUCCCCAAGAACUUCCUGACAGUCGGGGACUGGACUGCUCGGAUCUGGUCUGAGGACUGCAAGGAAUCGUCCAUCAUGUGGACCAAGUACCACAUGGCCUACCUAACAGACGGGUGCUGGAGCACCAUCCGGCCAGCUGUCUUCUUCACAACCAAAAUGGACGGGACCCUUGAUGUCUGGGACUUCCUCUUCAAACAGAACAACCCCUCCCUCAGCGUGAAGGUCUGUGAUGAGCCUCUCUUCAGUCUGCGUCUGCAGGACAACGGGCGUUUCAUUGGCUGCGGCUCUAAGCUGGGCACAGUGACCCUGCUGGAGGUCUCUUCCGGGCUCUGUACCCUGCAGAGGAACGAGAAGAACCUAGCCACGGCGAUGUUUGAGCGAGAGACAAAGCGAGAGAAGAUCCUGGAGGCCCGGCACCGGGAGAUGCGUCUGAAGGAGCGCACCAAGGCCGAGGGCAAGGAGGAGGACGUGAAGGUGGAGACGGAGGAGAAGAAGCCUGAGGAGCUGCUGGCCAGAGUCCAGAAGGAGUUCUUCGAGAUCAUCGAAGCAGAGAUCAGGAGGAAGGAGCGGGCAGACAAGCUGUCGAAAGGCCAGGAGAAGGAAGUUACAGAUGAAAACGAGGAUGAAGGCCCCUACAAGGAGGAGUGAGCCUGGCGUGUGGCUCGCACAGUCACACUUAAUUUAUUCUUGUACCAGUGCAGGUUGUUUCCCUUUUUGAUCUUUUCUACAGAACAGACUGGAUUAAUAAACAGCAGCAUUUUUAAGCCAUGUCUGGUUGGGUCCGACAGAUGUCAGGGUGGCGGGAUCUGUAUGUUGCAAUCUGCUUUGCAUCCUGGACCGAAGGAGGAAGCAGGCAGCCAUUCCCCGGGCGCCGCUGUCUGCCUAGACACCGUGCUGUCUCCCCUACGCAGACCCGCAGGCAGAGUAGCAGCAGCCGCCACUGGAGGUCUGUGCCGUGUUCUGUUGCGCCUGCUCUCCUUCACCCACCUGCCCACAGGAGCGUGGACGUUCCCCUUCCCCUCAAUAAGCAGGUGGUUUUAUGACAUGACAAAAGGCCAAACACUCCUGGUCAAACACUUGGCUCCUCUCCUUAUCCCAACAUGCACCCUGCAACCACUGUGCCAGCUCGCCAGGCCUAGCGAUCGCAGCUGGGGCAGCCUGUCUAGUCUGUCGAGGUUCCCCUGUGACACUCAUCCACGCGGGAUCUGCUUGGGUCAUGGAACUGAUUGGCUGGUUCCAAACUCGCGACUCUCCUGCUGACAGCAAAGGGACCAGGCACUGGAAUACUUCCUGGGGAGGGCUACGAGGAUGUACUGCGUGUGUGUGUUUGGCUGCAGGCAUGCAUGUGCCCCGGAGAAGUGGGAACUGAGUGGCUGUGUAGCAACAGCAGGAAGAUGAUCAUGGCAGAAGCAAAGCCCCCUUGUAUAAAUACAUGUGCGCUGCUUCGGUAAUUUGCAGACAUGGCUAGAAACUUCAGCCGGGGACGGGGAGACUGCUGCACGUUCAUGGCUGUAACUUCAGUCUGUUCCGGGCAGGAGCUUUCUCCUGAAGCUGCUGCUCCGCAGGGAGAGCUCAGAGCUGCGGGGCUCCCAUGCAUUGCCCUGCGGAAAGGCCUUUCCAAUGGCUUGCGGCUGGGAAAGUGAAAGCAGCUCUCCGGGCCGCUCACCCAGCGUUUUUGUACAGAGCCCCUUCUCCAUGUGGCCUCUCAGGCAGGUCGGUGUAGUCAUCCCCUUUGUACAGAUGGGGAAACUGAGGCACUGAGCAAGGGAGUGGCUCACCCUGAUCCAGGAAUAGAACCCAGGAGUCCUGACUGCAUCCGGUAGAGCAAACUCUGUCCCUCAGUAGCCCUGCCCCCUAGCUCCUCCCCCAGAGAGGGGAAAUCCCUCCUGCCCCAUGCCUGGGUCAUCUGAGUGUUGUUACUGUGGCUGUUUAUUCUCUGUGUCACCAUAGUCCCCAGAUGGCCCAGUGGUGGAGCAGAGGCCCAGUGCGCUAGGCACUGUACAAGCACAGAAUGGGUAUGCAUACCCUGGACGUACGCAGAGGUCUGCUGGGGGGACAGCAACUCUCUGGAUAUUCGCCUAGUUUUACAACAGGCUACAUAAAAAGCACUGGUGACGUCAGUACAAACUAACAUUUCAUACAGACCAUGACUUGCUCUGUGUACUGUACCCUGCAAUGGAAGGACAGUGUGCAUGUUCCACUGGAUUUAUUUUAUAAUUCUGUGGUAAAAAGGAGAAAGUCAGUGAUUUGUCAGUAAGUGGCUGUUACACUU